GCGCCGAGGCGAGGAAGAGGUGGCGGUAGUUGGCCGCAGCGGGACUGUUGUGGAAGGAGCUCUGCGCAUCUCCCCGCCACCCCGCGCUGCUGAGUCUUCAGCUCUGUUUUUGGCAUUUGAGGGACUCAGGCCAGUGAAGGAGAGGUGCUGCCCCACCCCGUAGAGAAGCAGCACUAAGAACAGCAAUCACCAGCCAAGGAAGACCAGCCGCGUUUCCACAGACCUGGGCAGGGCAGCCCGGCCAAAGCAGUCGGAGGUGCUGCGGGCUGUUCGCCGAGUGGGUCCCAAGAGUGGAGCAAGCCGAGUGGCUAGCGAGGAUGCUCGCCGCCUGCCUCCCCUCUUCGCCGCCGUUGCUGUUGCUGUUCCCGCUACUGCUACUGCUACUGCCCGGAGGGGCGCUCAGGAGCGGGCUGGGUGGCACGGUAGCGAGCGAAGUGAAUUUAUUGGAUUCAAGAUCAGUUAUGGCAGAUCUUGGAUGGAUUGCGUAUCCAAAGAAUGGGUGGGAAGAAAUUGGUGAGGUCGAUGAAAAUUAUGCACCAAUCCACACAUAUCAAGUGUGUAGAGUGAUGGAACAGACUCAGAAUAAUUGGCUUUUGACAAGCUGGAUCUCUAACAAAGGAGCCUCUCGGAUCUUCAUUGAACUAAAAUUUACCCUUAGAGACUGUAACAGCCUUCCAGGAGGUCUUGGAACUUGCAAAGAGACUUUUAAUAUGUAUUACUUUGAAUCUGAUUAUGAAGACGGGAGGAAUGUGAAAGAAAACCAAUACAUCAAGAUUGAUACCAUUGCAGCAGAUGAGAGUUUUACAGAAUUAGAUCUUGGAGAUAGAGUCAUGAAGCUAAAUACAGAGGUGAGAGAUGUUGGACCUCUAACCAAAAAGGGCUUUUACCUUGCUUUCCAGGAUGUGGGUGCCUGCAUUGCACUGGUAUCUGUCCGAGUCUAUUAUAAAAAGUGCCCUCUGGUGAUUCGAAACCUUGCCAUCUUUCCUGACACCAUCACUGGAGCUGAUUCUUCACAGCUACUAGAAGUUUUAGGGUCGUGCGUGAACAAUUCAAUGACUGAUGAACCCCCAAGGAUGCAUUGCAGUGCUGAAGGGGAAUGGCUGGUGCCUAUUGGAAAAUGCAUAUGUAAGGCAGGAUAUGAGGAGAAGAACAGCACCUGUCAGGCAUGCCAGCUGGGUUUCUUUAAGAAUUCAUCCCAAAGUCAAGGAUGCACUAAAUGCCCCCCACAUAGUUUCACGCGUGAAGAAGCAUCAACAUCCUGUAUUUGUGAAGAGAAUUAUUUCCGAAAGGAAUCUGAUCCACUCACCAUGGCUUGUACAAGACCCCCCUCUGCACCUCGGAGUGCCAUCUCAAAUGUUAACGAGACUAGUGUCUUUCUGGAAUGGAUUCCUCCUGCUGAUUCUGGUGGAAGGAAAGAUGUGUCUUAUUAUAUUGCAUGCAAGAAGUGCAACUGGCACUCUGGGCUCUGUGAGGCAUGUGGCAGUCAUGUCAGGUACCUUCCACAUCAAAACAACCUGAAAAACACCUCUGUGAUGAUGGUAGACCUGCUUUCUCACACAAAUUAUACCUUUGAAAUUGAGGCAGUGAAUGGUGUGUCCAGCCAGAAUCCAGCAACACGGCACUUUGUUUCAGUCAAUGUAACCACAAACCAGGCAGCACCAUCUCCAAUCACGAAUGUGAAAAAAGGGAAAGUCGCCAAAAAUAGCAUUUCAUUCUCCUGGCAGGAACCAGAUCGACCCAAUGGCAUCAUUCUGGAAUACGAAAUCAAAUAUUUUGAAAAGGAUCAGGAGACCAGUUAUACCAUCAUCAAAUCCAAGCAGACAAGAAUUACAGCAGGUGGCUUGAAACCGGCUUCAGCAUACAUUUUCCAGAUUCGUGCUCGCACCUCAGCCGGUUAUGGUGGCUUCAGUCGAAGAUUUGAGUUUAAAACAAGCCCAGUGUUAGUUGCAUCUAGCGAUCAGCGUCAAAUCCCUAUAAUUGCUGUAUCUGUUACUGUGGGAGUGAUUCUUUUGGCUGUUGUAAUUGGUUUCCUUCUCAGCGGAAGGCGGUGUGGCUAUAGCAAAGCUAAACAAGAUCCUGAAGAAGAAAAAAUGCACUUUCAUAAUGGCCACAUUAAACUACCAGGAGUAAAGACCUAUAUUGAUCCACAUACCUACGAAGACCCUAAUCAAGCUGUUCAUGAAUUUGCCAAAGAAAUAGAAGUGUCAUACAUAUCAAUUGAGAGAGUUAUUGGAGCUGGUGAAUUUGGUGAAGUAUGCAGUGGGCGCUUGAAACUUCCUGGGAAAUGUGAAUUGCCAGUGGCCAUUAAAACCCUGAAAGUGGGCUACACUGAGAAACAAAGACGGGAUUUCUUGGGAGAAGCAAGCAUAAUGGGGCAGUUUGAUCAUGCCAACAUUAUACACCUGGAAGGCGUGGUAACAAAGAGUAAACCAGUCAUGAUUGUAACAGAAUAUAUGGAGAAUGGAUCCUUGGAUACAUUUUUAAAGAAGAAUGAUGGGCACUUUACUGUAAUUCAGUUGGUUGGUAUGCUCCGAGGAAUAGCAUCUGGGAUGAAGUAUUUGUCUGACAUGGGAUAUGUACAUAGAGACUUGGCUGCCAGAAAUAUCCUAAUCAACAGUAAUUUAAUGUGUAAAGUGUCAGACUUUGGGCUGUCUCGAAUUCUUGAAGAUGAUCCUGAAGCUGCUUACACAACAAGAGGAGGGAAAAUCCCAAUCCGAUGGACAGCUCCUGAAGCUAUAGCCUUCCGCAAAUUUACCUCUGCCAGUGAUGUCUGGAGCUAUGGGAUUGUGAUGUGGGAAGUAGUGUCCUAUGGAGAGAGACCCUACUGGGAGAUGACCAAUCAAGAUGUGAUUAAGGCUGUUGAAGAAGGUUAUCGUUUGCCAAGUCCCAUGGACUGCCCAGCUGCUCUCUAUCAGUUAAUGUUAGAUUGCUGGCAGAAGGACCGAAAUAGCAGGCCCAAAUUUGAUGAAAUAGUUUGCAUACUGGAAAAGCUCAUUCGGAAUCCUAGUAGCCUGAAAACAUUGGUGAACACAUCAAGCAGAAUUUCAAAUUUAUUAGGGGAACACAGCCCACUUGGAAAUGGUGUCUACAGAUCUGUAGGUGAAUGGCUGGAAGCCAUCAAAAUGGGACGGUACACAGAGAUUUUCAUGGAAAAUGGAUACAGUUCCAUGGAUGCUGUGGCUCAGGUGACACUGGAAAAAGGGUCCAAUAGGAAAACCUGUGCAGUGAACAUCGCUGAGAGAAGAGUUCAAAACCAGAAGAACAUUCCUGGCUUUCAUUUGAGAGUGACAGUAGCAGGAGGAUCACAUUUUUGCCCUGCUUCAAACUGACAAAACCUUGAUUAAAAUGCAGGAAGGUCAGAGGUUUUGACUGAUGCAUAGCAAGAUAUGGAAUCCUUUCUCUUAAAGGCAACUUUGCCAAAAUGACAGUGAGGUGUGGGAAAAGGAACUCACUGUUGGUUGGUUUGUUGGUUUCUUUGUUUGUUUUUACAAAAAAUAAAUUGUGAAAGUGUUCCUUUCCCCCACCUCCCUAAAAUCAUAAUGAAAUUUAACAAAUGCCUUCAUUUCCUCUGGCUUCUCUGGCUUCCAAACUAAAAAAAAAUUGCUUGUCAAUGUCAUCUAUGUUAGGUUGCUUUUUUUAAAAAAAAAUGAUUUGUAUUGUAUUGUUGGUCUGCACACACAACCCUUUUAAGCACAACAUUCUCUCUUCUUACUGCUCAAGGAUGCAAAUUAAUCCUGGCUCUACGGGAGAUCUUCAACAAUCUGCUGUUCAGUUAAAAGUAUAUGGUUUGCUUUAUUUAUUUAUUUGUUUGAUUUAACAUCAGAGGACUUCUUCUCAGCAGCAGAAUGAAAAUUAGGACACAAAACAUCUCCCUGCUUAUAUUUUAAACUGUGGAAUAUGAUGAAUGUGUCAUAGCUCCCUGGCUGUGCUUGAAUACUUCAUCUUCCCUGAACCUGCGUCAGCUUUCUCAAUAUUUUCCAUUUGUUUCUAGAGUCUAUUUUAUUGGAUAAUGUCAGAUCCAGUUCUGACUAUAUGUCUAAUAACAGUAGUCAAUUUUAACAAUGAAGAUAUAGUACCGCUAGGGUUUAUAAAGCAUCAAACAUAGAAACAAAAUCUACUUUUAGAAAAUGUCUUAACUAUGAAAAGGAAAUAAGAAAAAUAGGUUGAAUUUUCAGAAUUCCUGCACUGGUGUUAUAAAUUUGGAUUUCCCUGAUAUUCUGUUUGUCUGUUGUGUAUGUAUCAAUCCGUAUAAGAAUUUAAGUCAGGUAUGUCCUGUAUGUUUACAAGUAUUUUUCUGUUUCAAUCUCAUGAAAUAUAAAAGAUUGGAUAUUUGCACUUAUGUUAAAUAAUAUGGACAUUAAUUUGUGCCUUAUCACUUAUUAUACUAAUUAUUAAUUUAUUUAGCAUUUAUUAUAAUUUUGAUUGUGGAUGUCAUGUUUUCCCUUCAAUUAUAUAAAAAUGUUAUUUUUAAAACA